UCAAAACGCCUUGGAUCUGCACAGUACACAAUGUCAGCUGUCAAUUACACCAAAAUCACAUCUGCAGUGUUCCUUCUCACUGGGAUACCCGGGCAGGAAGACAUCCUUAAUCUCUGGAUCUCUAUCCCUUUCUGCUUAAUGUAUGUUAUUUCCAUAGUAGGAAAUUCAGUCAUUCUGUUCAUUAUAAAAACAGAUCCAAGCCUCCAUGAGCCCAUGUACAUUUUCCUUUCCAUGUUGGCUGUCACAGACCUUGGCUUAUCGAUAUCCACCAUACAGACAACACUGGGUAUAUUCUUGUUUAACUCUAGAGAGAUCAGCCUCGAUGCCUGUUUUGCCCAGCUGUUCUUUGUCCACUUGUUUGAAUGCACUGAAUCCUCUGUGCUGUUGUUGAUGGCCUUUGACCGUUUCAUCGCAAUCUGUAACCCGCGGAGAUAUGUGUCCAUCUUAACCCUGCCUAGAAUAGGCAAGAUGGGACUGGUGUGUGUUCUCAGAGGGGUGACUGUAAUGCUCCCAUUCCCUAUUCUCCUGCAACAGUUCCAAUAUUGUCCAUCCAAUGUCCUCUCCCAUUGCUACUGCAUAAACCAGGAUGUCAUGAAGAUGGCUUGUUCAGAUAGCAGAAUAAGCAGAAUCUAUGGCUUGUCUGUUGCUCUCCUGACGGACGGGUUGGACUCACUGCUCAUCUUCUUCUCUUAUGUGAUGAUCCUCAAAACAGUGCUGAGCAUCACGUCCCAGGCAGAGGGUCUCAGGGCCCUGAACACAUGCGUGUCCCACCUCUGCGCCAUCCUUCUCUUCUACACACCAAUGAUCGGCUUGUCUCUGUUACACAGAUUUGGGGAGGGCUCUUCUCCCUUGCGUCAGACUCUCCUGGGCUACAUUUCCCUGCUUGUCCCUCCCUUGAUUAAUCCUCUUGUGUACAGCGUGAAAAGCAAACACCUUCGUGCGAAGAUACUCAGGGUGUUCGUCAGGUGA